CGGGGGCGGGGCGGGGCCGCGCGGCCGGUCCCUCGGCGCGCGAGGAGCGGGAGCCGUUGCUGCGCCGUCCCCUCAGAGGGAGGCGGCGGCGCUCGGCCCGUCCCCGGCCCGCGGCGGAGGCUUUGGCCGGUGUCUGGAAGCCCCCGGGUUGAGGAGGUGUGGAUAUAGGUGAAGAUGCAGGAGCCUGAACUUAUUGCAAAAACACUGCGAGCUGUUCUUCACCCCUUUAAAAAUGGCAUACCUUUGUCAGAGCUUCAGGGUGAAUACAAAUCCCUGACUGGUGAGUGGAUUCCCUUCAGGCACCUAGGACAUGGCACACUGGAAGACUACUUGCAGAGCAUCCCAGCAGUGGUCAGAAUGGAAGGGAACAAAAUGGGAGAGGUCAUUUGCCAUGCUGUUGCUUGCAGCGAGACUGUGCCAAUUGCUCAACUGGUGGCCCGGCAGAGGAGUUCUAAGAGGAAAAUGGGACGGCAAGUGAACUGUCAGAUGAGGCUAAAGAACACUUCUCCAGUCACAUUGGCAGGAAAGCCGAAAGGAACUUUGCGGCAGCCCAGGUCUUUGAGCAUGCCAGAAGAAGGCAGCAAGAGGCCCGCUCCUCGCCCACCACGAGGCAGAGGAGUGGCGUGUGGCGUGGUGAAACCCAGUGCGGAGAGCGCCCGGUCUACCUUGCCUCCAGCUGCUGGGAGCGGACCCUCUAAAGAAAUUCCCAUGCAGAGGCACGUCACUGUGGUGAACAGGUCUGAAAAGAGACUAACUGUCCCACCAAGAUUUCAAAAAGAAUUGCAAGUUCACCUGUCCCGAAGCUCUUCCAUAGAUUCAAAUGAUAACCUGAAUACAUCCACUGCGGAGACACAUACUGUUGCCCCUGGCCCUCCUGCUGCUCAUGUCAAUGAAGUUCAAAGUCGCAUUAAGGAGAUUCUGAGCAAGUGCAGCAGUGGUGUCUGGGUGUCAAAGAUGCCACAGAUCUACCGGGAAAUGUACUGGGAGGAGCUUAGCACAACAGUGCUUCGUCAGCUUGAGAACUGGCCUCAUGUGUGCACAGUGGAGAAAGUACACAGGGGUGAUCAGAUGGAUGGGCUUCUUUAUCCUGCUAAGAAAAUACCAACAACAACAGCAAAAAGUGAUACAGAGCAAGAAAAGGCAUCUCAGAACAUUACUGCUUCAAAAGUAGACCCUUUGUUAAAACCAGAUACAGAGACCACAUCUGCAUCACUUAGUAGUGACUUCAAGCAGAAAGUUGUUAACAUCUUGCUGAAGUAUUCCAGUGGUCUUUGGGCUAAUGCACUUCCUAAGUUGUACCAAGACACUUACCAAGUAAAAUUUCCAGAAGACAUUCUAAAUAACCUAGAGUUGCUCUCAGAUGUAUGUAUAGUGGACUAUGUAUCUGAAGCCCCCAGAAAGGCCAUCCUCUAUGCUAAACCCCAAAGACGCAUUGAUGGAAAUCUGAAUGUCACUGAGAAAGUCCAGAGGCAUGAUGGUGUGAAGGCCACAGCUGAACAACAGUAUGAAGAAUCCAAGGACCAGUAUCCAGAGAACAUAACUGUUCCUCCUCUAAUCAUUCCAUCAGAAGGAUCUGUGUCUGUCAUGGUGUUAGAACUAAAAACCACUAAUGAUGUCCUAAUUAGGUAUGUGGGCAAAGAUUAUUCUUCUGCCCAGGAACAAAUGGAAGACGACAUGAAAGCGUACUAUAGUCAGAACAGUACAGUGUCACUAGCUCAAUCUCUGUGUGUUGGGCAACUUGUUGCAGUACAUGCUGAAGAAGAUGCCUGGUUGCGUGCUCGGAUAAUUUCUCUAGAAGACAACAGAAUAAAGGUAUGCUAUGUGGAUCAUGGCUUCAGUGAGUUUGUUGAAAGCAACAGUGUAUACAUACUACAGAAACAGUUCCAUUCACUGCCAUUUCAAGCUGCAAAAUGUAAACUGGCAGGACUGGAAGUCUUCUGUGAUGAUCCUGUCCUAGUAAAGACUGUGGAAUCACAGACAUGCUCCAAGAUAUUUGCUGUGGAAAUACUGGAAAAGAGUGAUAUCCCUCUUCUUGUUCUCUAUGACACUUCCGGAGAAGAUGAUAUCAACAUCAAUGCUACUUGUCUGAGGGCAUUGUAUGACAAGUCCCUUGAACUACACCUACAGGUAGAUGCACUAUAUACAAAUGUCAGAGUAACCAGUGUUUUCUCUGAUGGAAGCCUGUAUUGCCAAGUGCCAUCUAAAGGUUUGUCUAGACUUACUGAAAUCUUGCAGAAACUAGAAGACUACUUCCAUUACAAGCAGACAUCUGAGUUUAAUGUAUCGCUACCUUUCUGUGGCAAAAUCUGCUUGUUUCCUUCCAAAGGAAAAUGGGCACGCGUAGAGAUAAGAAUUAUUCACACUAGACGGGCACUUGAUGUGCAGUUCAUGGAUACUGGAACGGUUGCAACUGUAAAAGUAUCAGAGCUAAGAGAAAUCCCACCACAGUUCCUGAAAGAAACAAUUGCGAUACCUCCUCAGGCUAUAAAAUGCUGCCUGGCAGAUCUGCCUCCUAACACUGGCAUGUGGACUCCAGAUGCUGUACUGUGGCUGAGAGACACUGUAAUGAAUUGUCCUGAAUUUAGCAUGAAGGUGGUUAAACAGGAUUCUUCAAAGGGAAUUGCACACGUUUACUUGUUUGCUCCAGAGAAUCUCCCAGACAUGGAUCAUAGUGUCAAUCGAAAGAUCAAAAAUGCAGACCUGUGGAAGCAUCAGAAAGAUGUUUUCUUGAGUGUUACACCCAGUGGAACUACCUCCACGAAAGUGACAAGUGAUGCUGUUUCAGCUCUACGAUUAACUAGUGGAAAGCUAGAGAAGAGUUUAUCAGAUUCAUCCAGAGAACCCAGCAAUGCAGUGUCUGCCAUUGAUAUGCCUCCACCUCUACCCUUGUCAAAGACUGGUGAGCUCAUGGAUGUCUAUGUCUCACUGGCCUGCCAUCCAGGUCACUUCAUUGUCCAGCCUUGGAAAGAGCUACAUAAUCUGGAAGCCCUGAUGGAAGAAAUGAUCUUGUACUACAGCAGGGCUGAGGAGAAACCUGUGAACAUUGAAAAAAACAAGCUGUAUGCAGCUAAAAUUGAAAAUCAGUGGUACAGGGUCAUAAUAAAAGGAAUUCUUAGAAAUGGGUUUUUGUCAGUGUAUGAGCUGGACUAUGGUAAACAUGAAUUUGUCAGUAUAGAGAAAGUACAACCACUCAUGGAUACAUUUAGAAAACUACCUUUCCAAGCUAUAACAGCUCAGCUUGCAGGAGUGAAAAGCCAGCAGUGGUCAGAAGAGGCAUCAAUAGUGUUUCGGAAUCUUGUAGAGAAGAAACCCUUGGUGGCACAGAUACAGGCGGUUCAUGAAAGCACUAACUCUUGGGAUCGAAAAAUAGUGACUUUUCUCGUGGACACAUCUCUUCCAGAUACCGAUAUAUGGAUUCAUGAUUUUGUGUCUCAAAGUCUUGUGGAAUUUUCAAAGGAUGAUUAAUCACCACUUCUGAAAUGUAGCAACUCAGAUUCUUUAGCAAUAAAAUAAGUAACAGGCUUUGAAGAGAAAUGUAACUACUACAUGGCCUUGAAAACAUGAAGAUGAUAAAACUGAAAAAUCUGUGUUCCUUGAAAAGGGUUUAUUUAACAAGUUUGGGUUCUGUUGACUUCAGCUGACCUUCUGAAAAUUUGCACUUUGUUUACCCUUGUAAUACUAGAAUCUUUGGGUGAAAAUAUUAAAAAAGCUAUUUAUCAAUAAAACAUGUUGACUUCU